AUGAAGGCUCGAAGUCUAGAGACCAACGCCAUCGGUCUUGGUCGGCUGAUCUCCUGCUUGGAGCACGACCACACCAACGAGUCCGCUUCGCUUCAACGAGAAGUUGAUCUCUUACAUGAUCUGCGCGGCCCAGGUGGACUGCAGCCAGCAGCAUUGACCGUGGCUGCUUGUCGCGUCGCAGUGGAGACGGGGCAGGCAGCCGAUGCCUUGAAGCUAGUCCGAAACCUGGCGAGAGUUCGCCAACCAGGCCCUUGGCACCGAGUGUGGAUUGCCUGUGGUGGUGAAGUGGAGUAG